AUGAUCAUGGCAAGUGUCCGCUGCAAGCUGGCUCGUUACCUGGAGGACCUGGAAGACAUAGACUUUAAGAAAUUCAAGAUGCAUUUAGAAGACUAUCCCAGUCAGAAGGGCUGCACCUCAAUUCCUCGGGGUCAGACAGAAAAAGCAGAUCACGUGGAUAUAGCCACCCUGAUGAUUGAUUUCAAUGGGGAAGAGAAGGCAUGGGCCAUGGCCAAGUGGAUUUUUGCUGCAAUCAACAGGAGAGACCUUUAUGAGAAAGCUAAGAGGGAUGAGCCAGAAUGGGAGAAUACAAAUGUUUCUGUGCUAAGUCAGGAAGAAAGCCUUGAAGAAGAAUGGAUGGGUUUACUGGGAUACCUUUCCAGAAUCUCUAUUUGUAGAAAAAAAAAAGAUUACUGUAAGAAGUACAGAAAAUAUGUGAGAAGCAAAUUCCAGUGUAUUGAAGACAGGAAUGCCCGUCUGGGUGAGAGCGUGAACCUCAAUAAACGCUUCACCAGGCUGCGUCUCAUCAAGGAACACAGGAGCCAACAGGAGAGGGAGCAUGAGCUCCUGGCCAUUGGUAGGACCUGGGCCAAGAUACAGGAUAGCCCCGUGAGUUCCGUGAACUUGGAAUUGCUGUUUGAUCCUGAGGAUCAGCACUCUGAGCCUGUGCACACGGUGGUAUUCCAGGGAGCAGCAGGCAUUGGGAAAACAAUACUGGCCAGGAAGAUCAUGUUGGACUGGGCAUCAGGGAAACUUUACCAGGAUAGAUUUGACUAUUUGUUUUACAUUCACUGCCGGGAGGUGAGCCUUGGGACUCAGAGGAGCCUGGGGGACCUGAUCGCCAGCUGCUGCCCUGGCCCAAACCCACCCAUAGGCAAGAUUGUAAGCAAGUCUUCCAGGAUCCUCUUCCUCAUGGACGGCUUUGACGAGCUGCAAGGUGCCUUUGAUGAGCACACAGAAGCACUCUGCACAAACUGGCAGAAGGUGGAGCGGGGAGACAUUCUCCUGAGCAGCCUCAUCAGAAAAAGACUGCUUCCUGAGGCCUCCCUCCUCAUCACCACAAGACCUGUGGCCCUGGAGAAACUUCAGCACUUGCUGGGCCAGGCUCGUCAUGUGGAGAUCCUGGGUUUCUCAGAGGCCAGGAGGAAGGAAUAUUUCUUAAAGUAUUUCUCAGAUGAGCAGCAAGCAAGGGAAGCCUUCAGGCUGAUUCAGGAGAAUGAGAUUCUCUUCACCAUGUGCUUUAUUCCUCUGGUUUGCUGGAUUGUGUGCACUGGGCUGAAACAGCAGAUGGAUAGUGGCAAGAGUCUUGCUCGGACAUCCAAGACCACCACUGCAGUGUAUAUCUUCUUCCUCUCCAGUUUGUUGCAAUCUCAGGGAGGGAGCCAGGAGAACCACAACUCUGCUACCCUCUGGGGUCUCUGCUCAUUGGCUGCAGAUGGAAUCUGGAACCAGAAAAUCCUAUUUGAGGAGUGUGAUCUCAGAAAUCAUGGCCUGCAGAAGGCAGAUGUGUCUGCUUUCUUGAGGAUGAACCUGUUCCAAAAGGAAGUGGACUGCGAGAAAUUCUACAGCUUCAUCCACAUGACUUUCCAGGAGUUCUUUGCUGCCAUGUACUACCUGCUAGAAGAAGAUAGUCAUGGGGAGAUGAGGAACAUGCCUCAGGCUUGUUCAAAACUUCCCAACCGAGAUGUGAAGGUCCUUCUCGAAAACUACGGCAAAUUCGAAAAGGGAUAUCUGAUUUUUGUUGUCCGUUUCCUCUUUGGCCUUAUAAACCAGGAGAGGACCUCCUACUUAGAGAAAAAACUGAGUUGUAAGAUCUCUCAGAAAAUCAGGCUAGAGCUGCUGAAAUGGAUUGAAGCAAAAGCCAAGGCCAAGACACUACAGAUUGAGCCCAGCCAGCUGGAAUUGUUCUAUUGUUUGUAUGAGAUGCAGGAGGAGGACUUUGUGCAAAGGGCCAUGGGCCAUUUCCCCAAAAUUGAGAUCAAGCUGUCCACCAGAAUGGACCAUGUGGUUUCUUCUUUUUGUAUUGAGAACUGUCGCCAUGUGGAAUCCCUUUCCCUGAGGUUGCUCCAUAACUCGGCCAAGGAGGAAGAAGAAGAGGAGGAAGUUAGACACUCUCAUAUGGACCAUUCUGUUCUCUCUGAUUCUGAGGUUGCAUAUUCUCAGGGAUUGGUGAACUAUUUGACCUCCAGCAUUUGCAAGGGCAUCUUCUCAGUCCUGAGCAAUAACUGGAAUCUCACUGAAUUGAACCUCAGUGGCAAUACCCUGGGAGACCCAGGCAUGAAGGUGUUAUGUGAAACACUCCAACAACCUGGCUGUAACAUUCGUAGACUGUGGUUGGGACAGUGCUGCCUUUCCCAUCAGUGCUGCUUCAGCAUCUCCUCAGUCCUGAGCAACAAUCAGAAGCUGGUGGAACUGGACCUGAGCCACAACGCCCUGGGAGACUUCGGGAUCAGACUCCUGUGUGUGGGACUGAGGCAUCUGUUCUGCAAUCUGAAGAAGCUCUGGUUGGUCAGUUGCUGUCUCACAUCGGCAUGCUGUGAGGACCUUGCAUCCGUCCUAAGCACCAACCAUUCCCUGACCAGACUCUACCUGGGGGAAAAUGCUCUGGGAGACUCAGGAGUUGGGAUUUUGUGUGAAAAAGUAAAGAAUCCACACUGUAACUUGCAGAAACUGGGGUUGGUGAAUUCUGGCCUUACGUCAGGUUGUUGUCCAGCCCUAUCCUCAGUGCUCAGUACAAAUCAGAAUCUCACCCACCUUUACCUACAGGGCAAUGCUCUUGGAGACAUGGGGGUCAAGCUACUCUGUGAGGGACUCUUGCACCACAACUGCAAGCUUCAAGUGUUGGAGUUAGACAACUGCAGCCUCACAUCACACUGCUGCUGGGAUCUUUCCACACUUCUAACUUCUAACCAGAGCCUGCGAAAGCUGAGCCUAGGCAACAACGACCUGGGUGAUCUGGGGGUCAUGCUUCUCUGUGAAGUGCUCAAACAGCAGGGCUGCCUCCUGAAAAGCCUGAGGUUGUGUGAAAUGUAUUUCAACUAUGAUACAAAACGUGCCCUAGAAACACUUCAAGAAGAAAAGCCUGAAUUAACCAUUGUCUUUGAGCCUUCUCGGUAG